CGGAAGACCGUGACAGGCGCAGGCUCUCGAUACACAUUCUCGUUGCCCUCCGAGUCUCGGUUUCGCAGACACUCAGCGUCCGUGGGGCGUGUGCAGGGAGGGCUGUGGGUCCUGGGGCUGAGGGGACUCGAGUCCCCUCAAGUCAGCUUCCAGCUGUCGCUCCUGCUCCUAGAAAAGAGAGCUGUUGUCCAAUAUUUAACCCUGUCACGUAGUCGGGAUUCUGGGUAGCCUGCAGAUCCUGCAGAACUCCAAGUCCCUCCCCCUAGAACGUGUGCUGGGCGGAGCCUAGGAGGGAGCCCUCUUUGGGGCCAGAGACCACAGCAGGGGCCCACAGCUGAGCUGGAACUGAGAACUUCCAGAUGAAUUUUAAAAUUGAACACACUUGGGAUGGUUUUCCAGUGAGGCAUGAGCCAGUGUGUAUCAAACUGAGUCCAGGGGACAAGGGAGUGAAGCUGGAGGUUUGUGCUCCAUUUUUCAAUGACCCUCCAGCUCCUCCUGGAGAACCAGGAAAGCCUUUCAGUGAACUGUGGAAUUAUGAAGUUGUGGAAGCAUUUUUCUUGAAUGAUACAACUGAGCAGUAUUUAGAAGUUGAACUUUGUCCACAUGGACAGCAUCUAGUUCUUUUACUCUCUGGAAGAAGAAGUGUUUGGAAAAAAGAACUUGCAUUAUCAUUCAAAGUGUUCAGAAGAGAGACAAACUGGGAAGGCAUAGCUUUUCUUCCUUGGAGUUAUUUUCCACCAAAGGUGACAAAAUUCAACUCAUUUGCAAUUCAUGGAUCAAAUGACAGAAGAAGUUACGAGGCCCUUUACUCUGUGCCACAGCAUGAACUGCAACAAGGGCAAAAACCUGAUUUCCAUCGUCUAGAAUAUUUCAAGCCUUUCAGUUUUAACACACUGCUUGGAGAAGAAUGGAAGCAGCCAGAGUCAGACUUGUGGCUAAUAGAGAGACCUGAUAUGUCGGAGUAGAUAACCAACUAUGUCAAUCGUUUCUCCUCUGUACCUCUUAAGAUUAGUAUCGGGGGAAAUGGCCAUGUGAAAACAAGCUACCUUUUUGGAGCCCAAUACCUAUGGUGGGACACAUUGCACAGCCUUAAUG